AAGCGCGGUGGUUUGUGGGAAGAUGGAGGUCAGUGUAGGGAAGCUGGAGGAAGAAGCGCUGAAGAGGAAGGAGAGGCUGCUGCAGCUGAGGAAGAAGAGGGUGAGAAUGGGGCGCUGUGUACAAUUACUGCUCAUAGGUAAUGAGGAGGUGAAACACAGGGAACUGAAGCUGAGGAACUACACCCCCGAGGACGAGGAGCUCAAAGGCCGCCAAGUAGCUCCAGCCAAACCCAUCUCAGUGGAGGAGAAAGUGAAGGAUCAGCUGGAAGCAGCCAAGCCGGAGCCGAUUAUAGAGGAAGUUGAUCUGACUAAUCUGGCGCCAAGGAAACCAGACUGGGACCUGAAGAGAGACGUCGCUAAGAAGUUGGAGAAGCUGGAGAAGAGGACGCAGCGGGCCAUCGCAGAGUUAAUAAGGGAACGUUUAAAGGGACAAGAGGAGAACCUGGCGACGGCCGUGGAGUCUGCAAAGCAGGAGGAUGAAGAUUCCGACUAAAGGUUUUUCUGGCCCCUCCCACUGUGGAGAUGCGGGUCAUUAUC